AUGCUUCCUGCUGCUUGCAUCAAGCCGCACCUCCAAGUCUGGUCGACCAAACCGAAACGGGCCACCGGCAAAGCACGGCUUCUGCGGGGCGCUUGGACCACGCCCGUCACUGCUUUGGUGGGCGUUGCAGGGAGCCUGGCGGACCAACGACGGGUGAGGAGGGCUGCGGCCGCUGCGGCCUGUGCUACACGAGGGUUGGGAGGAAGCCGAGGACGAAUCCUGGUAACUGGCGGCUGCGGCUACAUUGGGUCGCAUACCGUGCUAGAGCUCUUGGAAGCCAAGUUCGAGGUCUUGAUCUUGGACAACCUGUGCCGCAGCGAUUCAGCGUGCCUGCAUCGGGUUUUGCGCCUGGCAGCUGAGCAUUUGCAUGUGGAGGUCGACGAGUUGCGGGGUCACCUGAGGCUGAAGAAAGUUGACCUAUGUGAUGAAGAGAGCUUGGAGGCUGCUUUGAAGUUCGAGUCGUUUCGAGCGGUGAUCCACCUGGCGGGCUUCAAGUCAGUGGGCGAGUCGAUGCGGGAACCCUUGAGGUAUUAUGAGAACAACGUGGUGGGCCUUUUGAACCUGGUGAAAGUUUUGAAAAGGCACCACGUGAGCAAGUCCUUAGUGCUUUCGAGCUCCUGCACAGUGUAUCGCCCCUCUGAUGCAAAGAUCUCGGAAGAUUCGCUGCUGGAGCCGACGUGCCCCUAUGGGAAUACGAAGCGUGUGCAAGAAAGUAUGCUACAAGAUUUGGUGGAAUCAGAUGGUUGGACUGUAUCUUGCUUAAGAUAUUUCAACCCAGCAGGUGCUCAUUCCAGUGGCUCUCUGGGCGAAGUCCUUUAUCCCUCCUCGCCGUUGAUGCUCGUCCCACUGCUGCGGCAAGUGGCUCUGGGACAGCGGAAAGAAUUGAAGAUCUUUGGGGAUGACUAUGACACGAAAGAUGGCACAGCCAUGAGGGAUUACAUCCACAUUCAGGAUCUUGCAGAUGCUCACGUGGCAGCACUGCAGCACUUACUAGCCGGAGAAGCAGCAUUUCAUGUUUUCAACCUGGGUACUGGGUUUGGCAGAAGCGUCCUUGAGGUUCUCCAAGCGUAUCAAGAUGCUUCUGGGUGUGAGCUGCAGUACAAAAUUGAACAGCGGCGUGCUGGAGAUGCUGCAGUUGCAGUGGCAGACUCAAAAUUAGCAAAUGACUUGCUGGGAUGGUAUGCCCAUAGGGGUUUUGAAGAGAUUAUGGCCUCCGAUUGGACAUUUGCUCUUCAUACAAAAGGCAACGAUUCGCUGUACAAUGAGUCUUGUUUCAUAUCUCAGCAUCUAGUUCCUGAGCCAUAUGAGGUGGGAAAUGUGUACCGGGCAAUGGUGAAGGAGAUUCAAAAAGCCUCAAAGCAGGUUGGGAGCAUGAGCAUUCAUUCUUGGUCACCAGCAUUGGACACUACCCAGUAUGUCAUUGACCUUGGCGGCACAUACUUGAGGGCUUUCAAGCUUGGACCAGAUGGAUAUUUAAAGCUCGGGCCAGUAAAGGUGCCGGAACAGUUGAAGCUGAAGAGCACCUCAGCGAGAGAUCUGUUUGAUUUCAUGGCUUCAGCUGUGGCCAAGUUUUUCCAGCCCAUGGACAUCGGCGGGGAGCAGUUGUGCCUCGUUUUCUCCUUCGCUCUUGAAUCGGAGAACGACGGAGUGACGCGAAUGAGGCGCUGGGCAAAGGAUUGGGCGACCAGUGGAGUAGAAGGGGCAAAUUUGACGGAACUGAUGGAUUUAGCGCUGAAGCGACAGAAGCUUCCAUUGCGAGUUAGCCGUGUGAUGAACGACUGCAUCAGCAGCGUCUUUGCACUGGGAGCUAUAAGGACUUCCAGUGGGCCGAAUGUGGCGGAUGCUGCAGUCGUGGUGGGCACGGGCACCAAUGCAUGCUAUGUUGAUCGUUCCGGAAAGAGUGUGUUCUCAACAGAGUGGGCAGGCUUCAGGAAAGGACUUCCGAGUACGGCCGCAGAUGUGGAACUGCACGGUGAUGAGCUGACUUUAGAAAAAAUGGUCUCGGGCUUAUAUUUGCCUCGCAUAGUGGAACAGCUGUGCCCAGAUGCUGGCAGCCUGAGCAUGAAGGAUCUGGUGAAGGCCCUUGAAGGGCCAGAAACUCCAAUGAAGACCUCAGCCCAGUUUGUCAUCAGACGCUCAGCCUACCUUUGUGCACAGGCCCUGGCCGCGCUGAUUGAGGUUGCCGCAAGGGGCAAGCCAGAUGGUGAAGUGUUUCAUGUGCUUCUGGAUGGUGGCCUUUUCCAUUGUGUCCCCAUUUACAGAGCACAGUUCGAGUACUUCCUUGCAAAGCGCCAAGCAUUGCUGCCAGUUCCAGUGAAGCUUCAUUUGCUCAAGGACGCUGCUUCAAUUGGUGCAGCGCAUGCUGGACAGCUAUGGAAGCCUGGACAAGCUGCAGACUAG